CAAGUUGACAACUUGUCUGAAACAAAAAAAGAAAUCUUCAAGGAACAAAGGGAAAGAAUAAAAACAAUUUUUUUUUUUUUUGAGCAUUUUCAGAUGCUUCCAAGUUCCAACAUUUAUGAUUUAUUCAGUGUUGAUCAGAAGAAUUGUUUAAGGAAGAGUGGAAUAGCACUUUUUUCUUGUGGGUUCUUAUGGCAGGGCCUGAUUAUCAAGCCAAAUCUACAGAUAGGAGUAAUAUUGUAACAAUCUUAGCAGCAGAAGGGGUUCAGUUCCUUUUAUCUGGCGAGGAAAAGGUACCCUUAUCCUCUUGUGAUGGGAAGACAACUUGUCUCUUCUUCUCAGCAAACUGGUGCAGAACCUGCAAAACCUUUAUCCCCAAACUUGUACAAGUUUAUGACAUGCUGAGUACAAGAUGUGAAAAGAUGGAGAUAGUGUUUGUUUCAUUCGAUCAUAACGAAAAUGAAUUCGCGGAACACUUCAAGUGCAUGCCUUGGCUUGCAGCUCCAUUCGAUGUGAAUUUGAGCAGACGAUUGAGUAAAAGGUACCAUGUAAAACAUUUGCCAUCACUAAUUCCAUUGAAAAGCGAUGGAACAUCAAUUGAAGAGGACUUGGUUGGGUUGAUUGAAGACUAUGGGGCUGAAGCAUUUCCCUUCACUAGGAGUAGAAGAGAGGAAUUGAAGGCUGCUGAUACUGCGAAGCUCGAGGGAGGAAAAUUAGAAGAUCUUUUGGCACACAAAGGAAGAAGUCAUCUCAUAGCCAUGGACGGUAGAAAGGUUGUAGUGUCUGAACUUGUUGGCAAGACUAUAGGUAUCUACUUUGGAGCACAUUGGUGCCCACCUUGUCAUUCCUUCACUGCACAACUUUUAGAAGUUUACAACGAGCUCACGACUUCUGAAGAAGAACAAAGCUUCGAAAUUAUAUUCGUCUCGACCGAUCGAGACCUUGAAGAAUUUGACAUGAGUCUGAAGGGCAUGCCAUGGCUGGCUAUACCAUAUUUGGACAAAACACGACAUGAUCUAUGCAGGAUCUUUGACAUCAAAGGGAUUCCUUCCUUAGUCAUGAUUGGAGGAGAAGGAAAGCCCAUUAGUACAAAUGGGAAGGGCAUCAUCUCCUUGUAUGGUGCCAAGGCUUUCCCGUUCACAGAGUCAAAGCUCAGAGAUUUGGAAGCCGUCCUGAGGAAAGAAGGAGAUGCACUGCCUCGGCAAGUGAAUGAUAUAAAGCAUGAGCACUUGCUCAAGUUGGAUAUGGCCAAAGCAUACCUAUGCGAUUCUUGCAAAAAGAGAGGGAGAUUUUGGGCCUUUUCUUGUGAUGUAUGUGACUAUGACCUGCAUCCAUGCUGUAUAGAAGAAACAUCUUAAGAAUUGGUGGGAGGUGUAUUACUUUUAGAGUAAAAUAUAGAUUGGUUAGUCAUUUGCUGACGGUGUGGAUAAUGAAUUAUUGUCUCUAGUUUUAGAGGGUGUGACACUGUGACUCACGGGCAUGUUAUCAUCAUCAGAAAAAAGUAACUCAUUGUUAGACCAAUCGAAACAGAAAUUAUAGACUUCAAACUUCAAAUUAUUA